GAAUUGUACGGUGUAAAUUUUACUGGGAGCCAGCCACACUUGUAAUGAAUCAGGCUCCCAGGUUCUCAACUCUUUGCUGUCCAUUUAAUCACAGUGUAGUUCGUGUCACAUUCGAUAAUAAGUAUCUAAAUAUAGUAGUAGUAUAAUUGUAGUAACAUUGUUUUAUACUACUUUAAAAACAGAUUAUUACUUAGUAGUAUGCAACUAAGUACUUUUCUAAAUUCAUUAUAGUAAUUAAUUUUGUUUCCAUCAUAAUAAGAUCAUGGGAAAAUACUAGUAUCAUAAAAAUGAUCAAGCCUCUACCUACCAACUCCAUAUAUUAUACUCUAGAUCUAUCACCCUCCCUGCUUCCACCUCUCUCUAGCUUGACUACUCCAUUGAGGAGUCGAUCUCUAUAAAUACCCAUUACCCAUCGAUCUGAGCUUCCAUCACAACAGGCAUUCACAAGUAUACCCAAGUCUUCCUCCAUAUAUAGAGAGGUCUUGGUGGAGUCCAUUAUUAUUUUAUUUUAUAUAUAUAAGGAACACAAUUUAAACAAAGUACAUAUAUAUAUAGCAGAGCAGGGGAGAUCAUAUAUAUAUAUUCACUACGUACAACAAUUAAUAAUAUGGCUCAAUCAAUGAGCUUUGUGAUUGUUGUUACCAUACUUUUAUCUGCCCCACUCUGCUUUGCUCACAAGAGCGGCGGUGGCGGUGGCGGCGGUGGUUCCCUCUACCCACAGUUUUAUGACAGGUCUUGCCCGAAAGCGAAAGAGAUUAUCAAGUCUAUUGUUGCAAAGGCUGUUGCCAAAGAAGCUCGCAUGGCUGCUUCCUUGCUUAGGCUCCAUUUCCACGACUGCUUUGUCAAGGGUUGUGAUGCAUCAAUACUUCUAGACAGCAGUGGGAGCAUAAUCAGCGAGAAGGGUUCAAUCCCUAACCGGAACUCAGCCCGUGGGUUCGAAGUCUUUGAUGAAAUCAAAUCUGCUCUCGAGAAGGCAUGCCCUAGCACCGUCUCUUGUGCUGAUAUCAUGGCUAUUGUUGCCAGGGACUCUACUGUCAUUAGCGGUGGACCAAGCUGGGAGGUCCCCUUGGGAAGAAGAGACUCCACAGGUGCGAGCUUGAGUGGCUCCAACAACAACAUUCCUGCUCCAAACAACACAUUUCAGACCAUCCUCACCAAAUUUAAGCUCAAAGGACUUGACAUUGUUGAUCUUGUCGCAUUGUCCGGGAGUCACACUAUUGGAGAUGCUAGGUGCACCACUUUCAGGCAGAGGCUGUACAACCAGUCGGGCAACGGGCUAGCCGACUUCACCCUGGACCAAUCAUAUGCAUCCCAAUUGCGUGCCCGGUGCCCAAGAUCCGGUGGCGACCAAAACCUCUUCUUCUUGGACUUUGUUACCCCAACAAAGUUUGAUAACAGUUACUUCAAGAACUUGUUAGCUUCGAAAGGUCUUCUAAAUUCUGACCAAGUUCUUGUGACCAAGAAUCAACAAUCGAUGGGGUUAGUGAAGCAAUAUGCUGAGAAUAUGGAGCUUUUCUUCCAGCAAUUCGCCAAGUCUGUGCUUAAGAUGGGUAACAUUUCUCCUUUGACCGGAUCAAGGGGAGAAAUUCGAAAGAAUUGCAGGAAAAUUAACUCUUAGGACCAUAUAUAGAGUCCUGGAAGCAAUAAACAUAAGUAUAAUUCUACUAUUUGUGGUUGUUCUCUGUUUCUCCUAUUUAUUUUUGAUGUUUUCUUUUCCUUCUUUUCCUUUCCUUCGUGAUUAUCCUAAGAGACUUCCAUUGCCAGCCUGUUGUUGUCUAGUGUGGUAAUGAAAUAUCAUUUUGGUAACUA